GAGAAAUCAAAAACAAAUGUUCAGAAAAACUACCUCCACAAGAAGUUCAGAGAAAAUCUCUACUGGAUCUUUCAGGAUCUUGAGAACAAAAUAAUAACAUUUUUGAAGAAUGAGCUGGUGAAGUUUAAAAAAAUAUUAAAAAAGGACAACACGCAAUACUUUGUGAAAGAUUUUAAAGAGGACAUGUGCAGGAUCAAAGAAGCAGCUCUUAAUAUCACACUCUAUUUCCUGAGAGAAAUGAAGCAUGAUAAAGCUGCUAACACUCUAGAAGAUGAGCUGGUUUUAAUUAAUCUAAAAUUAAACCUGAAGAAAAAGUAUCAACGUGUGUUUGAAGGAAUUGCAAAGCAAGGUGACUCCACGCUUCUGAAUAGCAUCUACACAGAUCUCUAUAUUACUCAGGGUUGUAGUGAACAGGUCAAUACUGAACACGAGGUAAGACAGAUUGAAGUGACUUCCAGGCAUCAAGAAUUACAAGAGAUACAGGUUGAAUGCACAAAUUUGUUUCAACCUGGAAAAGACAAAAACAUCAGAACUGUAUUGACAAAAGGAGUUGCGGGUAUUGGUAAAUCAGUCUCUGUGCAGAAGUUUGUUCUGGACUGGACUGACGGAAAACAAAAUCAGGAUAUCAGCUUCAUAUUUCCUCUUCCAUUUAGAGAGAUGAACUUGAAGGAUAAAGAAAAACAUAGUUUAAUGGACCUUAUAACUCAGUUUUUCCCAGAGAUAAAAGGACUGAACCUUGCAAGAAGGAAUAUGUACAAAGUCCUGUUUAUCCUUGAUGGAUUGGAUGAGUUUCGUCUUCCUCUAAACUUUGCUGGUAAUGAGACAUGGACUGAUGUAUCGUCACCAGCCUCUCUGGAUGUUCUCCUAACUAACCUCAUCAAGGGAAAUCUGCUUCCUUCUGCUCUCAUCUGGAUCACCACCAGACCAGCAGCUGCCAGUAAGAUUCCUCCUGAAUGUAUUGAUCGGGUGACAGAGAUACGAGGGUUCAAUGAUGCACAAAAGGAGGAGUACUUCAGAAAAAGAUUCACAGAUGAGAAUCUGGGCAACAAAAUCAUUGAUCAUGUUAAAAAAUCAAAGAGUCUAUUUAUCAUGUGUCACAUCCCAGUCUUCUGUUGGAUUUCAGCCACUGUUCUCCAGAAUAUUUUGGAAAUGAAAACAAAUGAAGAUCUGGGAAAAAAUAUGGCUGAUGAUGCCUCCAAAACACUACAGGAAUCAAAUACUGAAGACACUCCCAAGACUCUAACACAAAUGUAUACACACUUUCUACGCUUUCAGAUCCUGCAGAGCAGACGAAAGUAUGAUGGAGAAUACACACCAGAUGUUUCCUGGGAUAAAGAUGCCAUUCUUUCACUGGGGAAACUGGCAUUUCAUCAGCUGGAAAAAAAUAACCUGAUCUUCUAUGACACAGAUCUGGAAUCCUCUGGUAUUGAUGUCUAUAAAGCAUCAGUGUAUUCAGGCAUGUGUACCCAGAUUUUUAAGGAGGAAACAGGGAUCACUGUUGGUACCAUGUACUGCUUUGUCCACUUGAGCAUUCAAGAGUUUAUUGCAGCCCUUUAUGCACAUCUGUUUCUAGACAUCAACAGUAAAACUGUGUUUGUUCAAGAAUCUACAGAACAGGAAAACAAAAAUGAAAUGAUGAUUGAUUUGCUUAAGACUGCAGUGGACAAGGCACUUGAGAGUGACAGUGGACACCUGGACCUUUUCCUUCGCUUUCUUCUCGGUCUGUCACUCCAGUCCAAUCGACAACUCUUACGAGGUCUGUUGACACAGCAAGAUGACAAUGUCGAAAGCAAAAAGGAAAUAGUUCAGUACGUCAAGCAGAAAUUUGAAGGUAACCUGUCCCCAGAGAGAUCCAUCAAUUUGUUCUACUGUCUGAAUGAACUGAACGAUCAAACUCUAGUGAAAGAGAUUCAGAACCACCUUAGCAAAGGAAGUCUCUCAUCUGGUGAUCUUUCACCUGCCCAGUGGUCUGCUUUGGCUUUUGUGUUGUUGACAUCAGAGGAGGAGCUAGAGGAGUUUGAGCUUCAGAAAUUCAAGAAAUCAGAUGAGUGUCUCAUUAGAUUAUCAUCAGUCAUCAAAACCACCAAAAGAGCUCUCCUGAAUGAUUGUAACUUAACAGAAAGAAGCUGUUUAGCUUUGGCUGCAGUUCUUGGAUCAGAUAGCAAUCUGAAAGAGCUGAACAUGAACAAUAAUAAUCUGCAGGAUUCAGGAGUGAAGCUGCUCUGCACCGGACUGGAGAAUGUGAAGUGCGAAUUGGAGAUACUGAGACUCUCUGACUGCAGUAUCACUGAAGAAAGUUAUAAAGCUCUGGCUUCAGCUCUGAGAUCAAACCCUUCACACCUGAUAGAGCUGGAUCUCAUAGGAAAUGAUCCUGGUGAAUCAGGAGUGAAGGAGCUCAAUGAUUUACUACAGGAUCCAAACUGUCAGGUGAAGACACUGAGGUUUUUAGGUCCUGCUGCAGAUGAAGCCUGUCAGUUUGUGACUGGAAUUGUAGGUAAAAACCCAUUACUCCUGAGAGAGCUGAAUCUGAAUGGACGUGAACUAGGAGACACACGAGUGAAUCAGAUCGCUGCUCUACUGCAGGAUAAACACUGUAAACUCAAAGCUCUUCAGCUGUGUAAUUGUGGUCUAACAGAAGAAAGCUGUUUAGCUCUCGCUACAGUCCUGAGAUCAAACCCCAGUCUGAAAGAGCUUGACAUGAGCAACAAUAAUCUGCAGGAUUCAGGAGUGAAGAAACUCCAGAACGGAUUAGAAAAUACAAACUGCAAACUGGAAAAAUUCAGACUUUCAAAGUGCAGUAUCACUGAAGAAGGUUAUAAUGCUUUGGCUUCAGCUCUGAGAUCAAACCCUUCACACCUGAUAGAGCUGGAUCUCACAGGAAAUGAUCCUGGACAAUCAGGAGUGAAGGAGCUCAGUGAUUUACUACAGGAUCCAAACUGUCAGCUGAAGACACUAAGGUUUUUGAGUCCUGCUGCAGAUGAAGCCUGUCAGUAUGUGACUGGAAUUGUGGGUAAAAACCUGUUACUCCUGAGUGAGCUGAAUCUGAGUGGAUGUGAACUAGGAGAGACAGGAGUGAAUCAGAUCGCUGUUCUACUGCAGGAUAAACACUGUAAACUCAAUACAUUGAUCCUGAAUAACAACUGUAUCACUGAAGAAAGUUGUCAUGUUCUGGCUGCAGCUCUAAAUUCGAAUCCAUCCAAUCUAAAAGAGCUGGACCUGAGUGAGAAUAAACUAGGAAACUCAGGAAUGAAGAUUAUUUUGACUCUGUUUGAAAAUGUACAGUGUAGACUGGAAAAGUUGAAGUUUAACUGCAUCAGUAUUACAGAUGAAGCUUGUGCUGCUCUGACAUCAGCAAUUAAUUCAAACCUCAGAGAGCUGGACCUGAGCAGGAAUCAACUGGGAAACUCAGGGGUAACAGAAAUCUCCAAUCUGCUGAGAAAUUCACAGUGCACACUGCAGAUACUUGGACUUUCAGACUGCAGUAUCACUGAAGAAGGUUAUAAAGCUCUGGCUUCAGCUCUGAGAUCAAACCCUUCACACCUGAUAGAGCUGGAUCUCACAGGAAAUGAUCCUGGACAAUCAGGAGUGAAGGAGCUCACUGAUAUACUACAGGAUCCAAACUGUCAACUGAAGACGCUGAGGUUUUUGGGUCCUGCUGCAGAUGAAGCCUGUCAGUAUGUGACUGGAAUUGUGGGUAAAAACCCAUUACUCCUGAGAGAGCUGAAUCUGAGUGAAUGUAAACUAGGAGAGACACAAAUCAAUCAGUUUGCUACGCUACUGCAGGAUAAACAUUGUAAACUCAAUACACUGAUCCUGAAUAACAACUGUAUUACUGAAGAAAGUUGUCAUGUUCUGGCUGCAGCUCUAAAUUCGAAUCCAUCCAAUCUAAAAGAGCUGGAUCUGAGUAAAAAUAAACUAGGAAACUCAGGAAUGAAGAUUAUUUUGACUCUGUUUGAAAAUGUACAGUGUAGACUGGAAAAGCUGAAACUUUCAAACUGCAGUAUCACUGAAGAAGGUUAUAAAGCUCUGGCUUCAGCUCUGAAAUCAAACCCUUCACACCUGAUAGAGCUGGAUCUCACAGGAAAUGAUCCUGGACAAUCAGGAGUGAAGGAGCUUGAUGAUUUACUACAGAGUCAGAACUACUCACUGAAGACACUGCGGUUGUUACAAAGUCCUGAUGCAGAAGAAGCCUGUAAAUAUCUGACUGACGUUCUUCACAUUAAAAACCCAUUACUCGAGAGUGAGCUGAAUCUGAGUAAACGUAAACUAGAAGACACACAAGUGAAUCAGAUCGCUGCUCUACUGCAGGAUAAACACUGUAAACUCAACACACUGAUGCUGUGUGAUUGUGGUCUAACAGAGAAAAGCUGUUCAGCUCUCGCUACAGUCCUGAGAUCAAACCCCAGUCUGAAAGAGCUUGACAUGAGCAAAAAUAUUCUGCAGGAUUUGGGAGUAAAGAAACUCCAGAACGGAUUAGAGGAUAAAAACUGCACUUUACAAAAACUCAGACUUUCAGACUGCAGUAUCACUGAAGAAGGUUAUAAAGCUCUGGCUUCAGCUCUGAGAUCAAACCCUUCACACCUGAUAGAGCUGGAUCUCACAGGAAAUGAUCCUGGACAAUCAGGAGUGAAGGAGCUCAAUGAUUUAAAACAGGAUCCAGACUAUUCACUGAAAAAUCUAAGGUUUUUGGAUUCUGCUGCAGAUGAAGCCUGUCAGUAUGUGACUGGAAUUGUGGGUGAAAAUCUGUUACUUCUGAGAGAACUGAAUCUGAGUGAACAUAAACUAGGACAUUUUGGAUUAAUGAAACUUGCUCUGGUACUGCAGGACAAACACUGUAAACUCAACACACUGAUUCUGAAUAACAGUGAUAUCACAGCAGAAGAUUGUCGUGUUCUGACUGAAGCUUUAAAUUCAAACCCUUCAAAUCUGACAGAGCUGAAUCUGAGUGGGACAAAACUCAGAAACUCAGGAAUGGAGAUUGUCUCGACUUUGUUAAAGAAUGAACAGUGUAGACUGGAAAAGCUAAAGUUUAAUUGCAUCAGUAUCACAGGAGAAGGUUGUGCCACUCUGGCGUCAGCAUUUGGUUCAAACACUUCAGUCCUGAAAGAGCUGGAUCUGAGUGGAAAUGAACUAGGAAACUCUGGAGUGACUGAAAUCUCCACUCUACUUGGAAAUUCUCAGUGCACACUGCAGAUACUCAGACUUUCAAACUGCAGUAUCACUGAAGAAGGUUAUAAAGCUCUGGCUUCAGCUCUGAGAUCAAACCCUUCACACCUGAUAGAGCUGGAUCUCACAGGCAAUGAUCCUGGACAAUCAGGAGUGCAGAGGCUUGAUGAUUUACUACAGGAUCCAGACUGUAAGCUGAAGACGCUGAGGUUUUUGGGUCCUGCUGCAUAUGAAGCCUGUCAGUAUGUGACUGGAAUUGUGGAUAAAAACCCAUUACUCCUGAGAGAGCUGAAUCUGAGUGGACAUCAGCUAGGAGACACACAAGUGAAUCAGAUCGCUGCUCUACUGCAGGAUAAACACUGUAAACUUAACACAUUGACACUAAAAAAUGACAAUAUUACAGAAGAAGGUUGUGCUGCUCUGACUUCAGCAUUUAAUUCAAAUCCUUCCAACAUGAUAGAGCUGGAUCUGAGUGGAAAUAAACUUGGAAACUCAGGAAUAGAGAAGAUCUGUCUUCUGUUGAAAAGCACAGAAUGCAAAUUAGAAAAACUAAAAGUUUCAGACUGCAGUAUCACGGAAGAAGGUUAUAAAGCUCUGGCUUCAGCUCUGAGAUCAAACCCUUCACACCUGAUAGAGCUGGAUCUCACAGGAAAUGAUCCUGGACAAACAGGAGUGAAGAAGCUCAGUGAUUUACUACAGGAUAGAUGGUGUAAACUGAAGAAUGUCAGGUUUUUGAAAAGUCCUGCUGCAGAGGAAGCAUGUGACUAUCUCACAAAAGUUCUGGGUUCAAGUCCAUUAUUACUGAAAGAAGUGGAUUUUAGUGACAAUAAAUUAGGAGGCCUGGACUGGGAGAAACUCUCAGCUCUUUUGGUGGACUCUCAUAGCAAACUGGAGAAAAUGAAGUUGAAUAAUUGUAAGCUGACAGAGAGGAGCUGUUCAGUUCUAGCUACUGUUCUCUCCUCCAAACCCAUCCUGAAAGAGAUGGACCUAAACAACAGUCGUCUGCUGAAUUCAGGAGUCAAAGAGAUCUGUGAGGGACUAAAAAAUCCUGCGUGUGAGCUGAAAAUACUGAAGCUCAGUAACUGUGAUCUAAAUGAGGAAAGCUGUUCAGCUCUCACUUCAGUUCUCAGUUCAGACUCCAGCAGUCUGAGGGAUCUUGACCUGAGCAAUAAUAAUCUACAGGAUUCAGGAGUGGCGCUUCUCUCUGAUGGACUAAAAAAUAGCUGUAAACUAGAGAAACUCAGACUUUCAAAAUGCAGUAUCAGUGAAGAAGGUUAUAAAGCUCUGGCUUCAGCUCUGGGAUCAAACCCUUCACACCUGAUAGAGCUGGAUCUCACAGGAAAUGAUCCUGGACAAUCAGGAAGCAGCUCAAUGAAGUUUUUAGGGCCUGCUGCAGAUGAAGCCUGUCAGGUUGUGUCUGGAAUUGUGGGUAAAAACCCAUUACUCCUGAGAAAUCUGAAUCUAGAACAACAGAACCUAGGAGACAAACAAAUGGAUCAGAUCGCUGCUCUACUGCGGGAUAAACACUGUAAACUCAACACAUUGAUGCUGAAUAAUAACAGCAUUACAGCAGAAGGUUGUGCUGCUCUGACUUCAGCAUUUAAUUCAAAUCCUUCAAACUUGAUAGAACUGGAUCUGAGUGGAAAUAAACUACAGAACACAGGAAUUGAGAAAAUCUGUCCUCUGUUGGAAAAUGCACAAUGCAGAUUAGAAAAACUGAAACUUGCAGAUUGUAGUAUUACAGAAGAAGGAUAUAAAACUUUGACUUUAUCUCUAAAGUCAAACUCACACCUGACAGAGCUGGAUCUUAGAGGAAAUUAUCCUGGACAGUCAGGAGUGGAGGGGCUCAUUGAUUUACAGCAGGGUGAAUGCUGUAAAUUAAAGACCAUCAGGUUUUUGAAAAGCCCUACUGCACAGGAGGCGUGUGGGUACCUCACUGAAGUACUAGGUACAAAUCCAUUAGUUCUGACAGAACUGGAUCUGAGUGAAGAUAAAUUAGGAGAUCUGGGUGGGGAGAAACUCUCUGCUCUUUUGAUGGACUCUCAUAGCAAAGUGGAAAAAAUGAAGCUGAAUAAUUGUAAGCUGACAGAGAAAACUGUUUAG